AUGAUCAAAUCUCAACGUAUACCGCCUUUCUCCGAUACUGUCGGACGACUUCUUAUUAGGAAGUACUGUCCGCCAAAGAUCAUCAAAGAAAUUAUCGCUAGCGAUCCGAAUAAAGACUGCUUGGUGAGGCCGUACCUCGGCCGAAGACGAACACGAAAGCCUCAUACUACGUCGCAAUUCACAGCAUUUUCUCUACGGAAUUUCCCACUUCAUAUCGAUCAAUUCGAAGAACUCGGCAUGACAACGAGCGAUAUAAGUCAGUACGCAAGAGUUAUGGCCGAAACUCUCGCCGUAAUGCACUGGGUUGGCGAGAUUGAUGGGAAUGAUAUUGAGUUUGUUCUUGCGCCGCCUUAUAAGGGGCGUCCUCUUAAAAUCGAGUCUGACGCCCUUGGAGACCACUCGAUAUGGGUUCUCGACUUUGAUUUAUGUAGGGGGAUGGCAAUGAAUUCAAAUGGGGUGGAACAAGCUGCUGCUGCCUUUUGGGGCAAUGAUCCUUAUUAUCCCCGACCAGGCCUUGAGAAGGAUCUUUUAUGGAUUGUGUUUCGACAAUAUUAUCUCCGGAUCAGUGAGACCUGUAUUGGCAUUGUGAAUGAGCCGGACGAGGCAAAGAGACGGCGCGCCCUAUCAAGGCAGUUCAUUGACUUGGUUGAACAAGAAGGGACGACGAGGAAUAUAAGGAAGGGAAAAGAAAGAAAGCUGAUCUGA